CAACCCUCCGUAGACCCGCCUACCUGUCGCCGUUGGCAAGUAACGCCACUGCGGGUGUUUAUCUCCGGUUAGCUAUCUUUAAUCGCAAACUUCAGGAUUUAUAGCGGAUUUUCCAGCGUACAGACAUGUUUUUUUAAGUAGUAGCGGAGGCUGUGCAGCUCUGUUCCAGGCUUUUGGGUCAAGAAUUCUGUUUUAAUUCGUGUUAUGGGCUCGAAAGGCACGCUAGGCCGAUGGACCGACUGUAACGUCAAAUUGAAAACGCUGCGCUGUUCUGCAGCUUUUCUGAAGCGCCAGGAUCCGGUCUGGUCAAGGUAAACAAUGCCGGGGAAACUGAAGGCCAAAAUAGUGGCGGGCAGACAUCUGCCCGUCAUGGACCGUGCAAGUGACCUCACUGAUGCCUUUGUGGAGGUGAAGUUUGGAAACACAACUUUUAAAACUGACGUCUAUCCUAAGUCCCUGAAUCCUCAGUGGAAUUCAGAGUGGUUCAAGUUUGAGGUGGAUGAUGAGGAUUUGCAGGACGAGCCAUUGCAGAUAACUGUUCUGGAUCAUGACACAUACAGCGCUAAUGAUGCCAUAGGGAAGGUUUACAUUGACAUUGACCCACUACUUUCCAGUGAAGCUGCUACAGUCAUCUCUGGCUGGUUUCCCAUCUACGACACCAUUCAUGGUAUUAGAGGAGAGAUCAAUGUGCUUGUCAAGGUGGACCUCUUCAAUGACCUGAACCGAUUCAGACAGUCUUCCUGCGGAGUCAAAUUCUUCUGUACUACGUCAAUUCCGCGAUGUUACCGUGCUGUCAUGGUUCAUGGCUUUGUGGAGGAACUAGUGGUCAAUGAGGAUCCGGAGUACCAGUGGAUUGACCGCAUCCGAACCCCACGAGCUUCCAAUGAAGCCCGGCAGAGACUCAUCUCUCUUAUGUCUGGUGAACUCCAGAGAAAGAUUGGUCUGAAGGUUCUGGAAAUGGGUGGAAACGCAGUGGUGGGCUACCUCCAGUGUUUUGACCUGGAGGGGGAAUCCGGCCUUGUUGUUCGUGCCAUCGGCACCGCCUGCACACUUGACAAAAUCAGCAACACAUACGCACCUGCAUCAGCCAUUAACCCAUGUAACUCGUCUCCAUCCAAAGAUACAAAAGACUCUCCGCAGGCUGUUCCUUCCGCUCUUGGAUGUCGCUCCACUCACAGCAGUCCGGUUCACAGUGCAAGCAGCCGCCUUUCUCAGGGCUUCUCCGUUUCUGUGCCAACCCUGCUGUUCGCCGGUAUGAAACACAGACACAGGAGCUCAGAGGGCCCCAGAGCCAGGCAGUGUAGGGCGGGUUUUGGGGAGGAGGCCCCUGGUGUCCCGUUGUCCUCCGGACCCCCCACCCCGCUGAGAGCUCAAACCUUCUCCUCCUUCUCCCCUUCCAAGUCCUACAGCCGCCAGUCCUCUUCCUCUGACACGGAGCUCAGCCUCACCCCCAAAACUGCGAGGAUUUGUCUGUCUCCCAGUUCUCCUACCCUUCAGUCUAAAUCUUCACCCAUUCCCACUACUAAGGCCCUCAGGAGUACAACUCCUCCCCCUCUCCAUGUGAGCCAGUCAGACACAGCCAUGCUGCGAAAGAGCGUGUCCUUCAGUGAGGACCUGUUACUGGCUGCCUCUGGUAUGGGCAGUGGGGGCAGUGCAGGGAAGGAGGCAGGACCUCUUAAAGCACUUUUAAGGCAACAGACCCAGUCAGCUUUGGAGCAGAGGGAGUUUCCUUUCUUUACCCUGACCAGUUUCCCUGCUGGUUUUCUGCUGCAUGUGGGUGGAGUGGUCAGCGCACGUUCAGUCAAGCUUCUAGAUCGAAUCCACAACCCUGCCUUGGGUAACACCAGAUCAUACAAACUGCUAGACUGGAAUAGUUUCACCGCAGAUGAGCCAGAAACACGAGAUGCGUGGUGGGAGGAAAUUCGUCAGGAGAUUAAGUCUCAUGCUAAAGCUCUGGGCUGCCAUGCUGUGGUGGGAUACAGCGAGUCCACUAGCAUCUGCGAAGAAGUGUGUAUCCUGUCUGCGUCAGGCACAGCUGCUGUCCUCAGCUCUCGCUUCAUGCAAGACGGUGCCCUGGACAUGGAUCACAGGUUGUCACGGCAACAAGCACCUGUCUUUACCUCAGGGACAGAGAAAGGCGAGGGUGAUAUGGGUAGUUCAGCCUCAUUAGGGUUUGAAGACCUUGCGCCCCCUGGCUGUGGAUUUUGUCACAUACCGUAUGAUGAGUUGAACAUGCCAUUUCCAGCUCAGCUCACAUACUGCCACUGCUGCCGGCGCUUUAAAGUCCCAGAUGUGCUCUUCACUACUAUAGACCUGCCUACUGAAGCCAAUGUUACUGGCAAGGGUUGCCUUAUACAAGCCAGAUUAUGUCGGACUAAAAAGAAGGCUCAGGGGGAAGGAAAUGCCACAGCCAUUAGUAAUUUGUUGCCAUUUCUGGAGUACGAGCUGCACACGCAGCUGAUGAACAAGCUGAAGCUGCGCAGCAUGAACGCACUAUUUGGUUUGCGCAUUCAAAUCAGCAUUGGAGAGAACAUGCUGCUGGGCUUGGCUUCUGCUACAGGGGUGUAUCUGACUCCGCUACCCAGUCCAGGAGGAAUCCAGAUAGCAGGAAAGACCCCGAGUGACAUCACAUACGAACAACACAUCUCAAACAUGCAGAAGAAAAUCAAUGACACCAUUGCCAAAAACAAGGAGCUGUAUGAGGUCAACCCCCCGAAACUAUUCACUCUGGACCCAGAAGCUUUCAGAUGCAUCAAUACGGAACUUGUUGAGGAGGUGAUUGGCUCUCCUAUCCCUGAACCCCGGCAACGUUCCCGGCUCUUCCGCUCCCACUCGGAGAGUUCAGACGAGGUGUCGGAGUUAGACCUGUCUCACGGAAAGAAGGAUGCUUUCGUUCUAGAGAUUGACGACACAGAUGCUGUUGAAGACAUUCACUCCCUCCUUACUGAUGCCCCAACACCUCCAGGGUUUUACAGCUGCAAUACUGAAAUCAUGCCUGGGAUUUAUAACUGGACUUCAGCUUUACAGAUGUUUACAUCUGUAAGAGUCUUCCGCCUCAGCAAUGUAAACCUCACUAAUCAGGGCCUGAAUAAGGUGUUCAAUGACCUCUGUGAGAAUCUCCUUAAGAGCCUGUACUUUAAACUGCGCUCCAUGGUGCCCUGCUGCCUCUGCCAUUUGAACUUCACUGUUGCUGUGCCUGAGGAUGAGCUCAUACAGGUGGCAGUGACAGCAGUGGCGAUGAGCUUUGAUAAGGAACAGACUCUGGAAAAUGGCAGACAAAGCUGCGACAAGACGCUUAUGAAAGCCAUUACAGAAAACGAAGAGCAGCUCCAGUUCCCUCUAGAGCUCACUGCUGAAUCCUCCUCCAACCCUCUGAGCUCUGCCAAAGGUCUGUCUGAGGUUUCAGGUGCUCUGCCGAGCGCUCGGGCCCCCUCAGUUGAUUACAGUUCCUUUACAGACAGAUGCAGCUCCUGGAUAGAGCAGCUUAGACUGAAAGCUCAUACCAUAAGACGCGGAUCAAUUAAAACAAUGUCCUCUCUGGAGAAGGCCAGUCCGCUGCCGGAGGGUCGGUCUCGCUCUCUCAGGUCGAAUCGGUCCUACGCUGGAGGCUCUGUCGCUGUGGUCAAGAUGACUCCGCUCUCUUUUAUUCCUGGAACCAAAAUAAUCAAGUACCUCGGCAUCAUCAACAUGUUCUUCAUCAGGGAGACCACUUCACUACGGGAGGAGGGUGGGGUGAGUGGCUUCCUGCAUUCGUUUAUAGCUGAGGUCUUUGCUAUGGUACGAGCCCAUGUAGCUGCUCUGGGUGGAAAUGCUGUUGUGUCCUACAGCAUGAAGGAGUGUGUGUUUAUGGAGAAUCCUAACAAGAACCAGGCUCAGUGCCUUAUCAAUGUCAGUGGAGAUGCCGUGAUCUUCGUCCGAGAGUCUGAGCUCGAGGCCACGCCUCCACAGCCUCAGUCAGCGAGCACACAAACCUCCAGCAGCGGAGAGGGAACAUGAGAAUAAACACAUGGUGGACACACUUUCUCUCUGUAACCUUAAACACAUCUGUCCACUCCAAGUCUAACAGGUUUAGUAUCUGCCUCUGCGGUACCAAACAGAACAUCCAAAGAUAAAGUAAAGAUAAUUUUUAAGGUGAACUCAAAUAGAGUGAUUGCAGUGUUUUAUGCGGCAUACUCAAGAAAUUACCUUUCACAUCCAUGUUGAUCCAUGAGAAACAAGGUGAAUCUUCUACUGAAAACCCUUUUUUUUUUAAGGAAAAUCGCCAUGCUUCCAUUCAUCGGCCAUGCUGUACACAUUCCGUUCAUCCUAGAGAAGCCUGGCUGAGGCAGCUAAGAUAUAAAUGACGUUAUUAGAGUGUGUGUCUUAAGUGUCAACAUUGGGAGUCUCUCCGUGGCCAUCUUUGUAUUUUUCCACCAAAGGAAUAUAGUAAACGCACACACUCAUGCCUACGUCCUACGUACAAAAAAUCCUGCCAUGCUUAGUGUCAUUUUAGACAUCUCCCCUGAAGUACUACUGAUCACAUUUCAAUCAUGUGUAAAAAGAAAAUGCUGGAAAUGUUUUUUGUUUUUCUCUAUUUUAGUCCAUGUGCCAGGCUGGCUGCAUUUUCUGUGUUUAAGCAGUUUGAGGUCAAUCUCUGUGAUCCUGGUUUCUUAUUCUUGCAUGUGCAAUGCCAGCUAUUCCUUUCCUUACUCGGAUACUAGGGUGGAGUGAUGCCAAAAGCAAACUGCCCAGGAAAGACUUGAAUGUACAGAUGGAGGGGAAAAGGCCUACUGGCUGAACGAGGCUGGAUGCUUGACAAAUCCUCUGCUCAUCUUUAGACUGAUUGUCUACAAAAGUCUGUUUGCUUGAGGACAAAUCAAAUGGUGCACAAUAAUUAAAAGUAUGUAUGUUAAA